AUGCCGGGGAUUGUUGUCUUUAAACGUCGGUGGAUGGUCGCAAGUGAUGAUUUAGUCAUUCCGUUUGGAAUUGCGUUUGUUUUCAGGGGACUGUGGUGAGUGAGCAAAUAUAUGUCAUUUUGUGAACUCCUUACCUAAUCUAAUCGACUAAUUUUCCAUGUAGUAUUUAGCUUUAUUUAAUAGCUCGCGUAACCGUGUUUUAACCGGAAUACUUAAGUAUGUUACAGCUUAAAACUUUUAUUGCAGAUAAAGAUAUUGAAUCGAGCAUUAGUUAAAAUUGCUGUCGGAAGGCUCAACAUCCGUUUUUCGUUGCGAAGAAAAUUGACAAAACACGCGAAAUAGAAUUCGUUAUUGUUUUGUUGGCACUGCACGUUUUGUUUCAUUGUAGCAAUGAAAGAAGUUUAUUUGUUCGAUUCGUCGCACAUUUUAUCUACUUGUUGUUCUCUACCGUAUCAUUUACCUUGCUUGGAGUCAUUCCAGUCUCUCGUUUAUUUUUCUCACCACCCGAUUUGUUGAUUUGAUUUUACGUUUCAGUGUUACAAAUAUCGUAGGUUGAUCAAAGUCACACAUACCGCAUCGCCAAAAUUCCUAAGGAGCCAAAAUCUUCUUCGAGAACGCCGAUUCAUUUCUGUACUUUUUAAAGCGUUUCAAAUCGUAGUAACAGUUUAACAAUGUCACUGAUCUUCCAUGAAAUAGUUGUAGACAUAAUGUAAUUUGCCGAAAUGUGAGUGAUAUUUUAAAGUUACCAAGCGCAAUAUAACAGAACUAGGACCCGCAUUGUUGCUGGUGCGAAAACAUGUCAUGAAUUUAUUUCGAGAUCGAAGUAUCCUUUUGCAGGCAUUUUAAAAUAAGUGCAACAAGGCUAUUCCAAAAUGGCUGAAAUUACAGGGGCACACACAGAGCAUUUGUUACAAAUGCCUGUAUUUUCUAAAAAGAGAGAUGAUGAAUGAAGGAGGUGUCUGUGAUGUUUUGGUUUCUAGACAUCUGGAAGAUAUACGAGCUAAGUCUUCAACUUGAUUAGCGGAGCAAGAAGAGUGAGAGCAUUCACAAAGUUACAAAUAGCGAGAUCAUGGACGAUUUAUUUUUACUAACAAAAUUAAUUUUUAUGGCAGUGCAAAGGUCUGUUACUUUUUUUUCAAUUUAAUUUAUUCCAUAAGUGCUUACUCAAGCAUUGCCAAAUAUGUCAAUGUUUACAAUAAUGUGAAGAAAUAAGCUUCUUUGCUCUUGCAGUUUCACAGCUUCUAUCACCAGCUACUCAAGAAAUCCCUCUCUUUUGGCUCAUUUAUUGUACUAGUGUUCAACUCACGUUAAAAUAAUUUUGAGUCCGAUAUCUCUCCUUGCAUAUUUAACACAAAAAAUAACAAAAUUGAAAAAUACAAAAAAUUAUCAAUGUGAAGAAUGUGAAGGCUGUCUCACAGGCGUUUUCUGCUGUCUGCCUUCUGUCAUUCAAAGUGCUAGCUAUGAAAAUCUGUUUGAUGUGUUGUGAGUUUACAAUGUUCCUGGUUGUUUAAACAAACUGUAGAUGAGUCAAUCAAGUAUCUACUAUCCUGCAAUAUUUUUUAGGCAAUUAACCACAUAUUGCACUGACCUUUAUGAAGCAUAAAUUCUAUGUGUUGUCAUGUAAGCAUUUUUUUGCCCUGAGGCCACGGCAUUUUCUAGAUGGUUGAUGCCUCACAUUUAAUACAUCUAUUACACACAAUCGCCCAUCUUUUCUGUUUUAGUUGUGCUGUUCAAAGAAAGGAUCUUGACUGAGUUCCUGCAGAUAGAGUAAAUAUUUUGACAUCAUCAUUGCUUAUAAGAGAGCUAAUGAUAACAUUUUUAUGGCAAAAGAGCCCAAUUUACAUAAGAAGAAACUGUGCACAAAUCAAUAGGAUAGAUAUAGGAUGUGUUUAAUCAACUACCCCGGUAUAUUACAGAGGAAGAUUAUAUUAUUUUAAAGGUGCCUUUACAAGGUAAAUGCUUUCUAUUGGAUUUUGGAGCCAUUAGAAUGCCAUUCAAUUUUGUUCCAUCUGGACUACAAUGUGGUUGUGUUAUCAGGCAUUGGUUAAAAAUAAGAUCACGCAUAUCCAUUUUGAAGAUCUGACCAAAUGUUUUAUAAGUUGGUUAAAUUAAAACUGCCCAAACUCUGUCUUCCCACGCAUAAAAAACGUUGAAAUUUGUUGGAUCUAUUUUAAGGUAGUGGUUUUGAUCAUGUGAUUUUGUAACAGUUAUAAAUUUCAUGGCUGUCCCAUUAGUUUAAGGAUUAUUAUCUUUUCAUAUCUACAAAGGUUUUGCAAUAAUUUGCUUAACACCAUGGAUUACAAACCACUCAUCAAUUUUCAUUUCCAUUAUUUUUGUAGAAAUUCUUUGAUUUGAAUUUGUUUUAAUUUUUAUGCUGAGUCUUAAAUUUUAAUUCAGUUUGAAAGUUUUCAGUCCAAACUAUUUUUACUGAAUUGGAGUCUGACAUGGAACUAAAAAUUGUGUUGGCUUGUACACAUUUUCAAAGCAGAAAAAAAAAGUUUUAACCACAACCUGCAUGUACUUGGUAUGAUCUCAAUUGACAACUAAAUUAUACAGUUAACAUCUGCCAGUAAAAUAAGUAUGCUUAAUAAAGAAAGUUAUUUAGGAAGUGGACAUGAAAACAGCGUAACUCAUUUAGAAUUUGCUUGGUCCAAUAACAGAAAUUAUUAUUUAAGAUGAUCAUAGCUUGUACAUGUCUUUAUUUUAAGAAUAAUGGAGAGAGUUUUUUGUUUUUUUUCAGGGGGGGUGGUAUUAUUUUAACUGCUUAAAAUACUGUGGCUUCUAAACCUCAGAAUUGUUGAAAUUAACAAUGUUCCCUUGAAGUCCAUGAAAUUUACACCUGAAAGUUGUUUUAUUCGGAUUUUAUUAAGUGCAAACUUGGGCUUGUGUGCUAAAGCAUGUGCAUACAGAUAUGAUUUAUGAUUUCUUUCUUUCUUAGUAUCUUUCAUCAAAGUUGUGGUUUGCAAAUGAUGUAAAUAUACAGUUGAUUUAUUAUCUUCAUAAAUUGAAAUAUUCUAAUAGGAAAGCUGUUGGAAAUGUUUGCCCUUUCCUUAGACAAAACAUACUUUAAAUCUUAGGAAAUUAUGAUAUAAUGUAACUCCCAGUGUCUGUUUUAAAUCGCCUAAAGUAAUUCAAUGAGUUUUGUCCAUCAUAGGUGGACAUCAUUCAGCCUAUUUUCAUGAAAAACACAUCUCAUUAUUCGCCUUAGCUUAUUAUUAAUUUAUGAAGAGGAGAAAACUAUGGCAAACUGUUUUUUCUUAGUUCCUUCAAAUCACCAAGCAUCUACUAAAUUUUUCCAUGUCCUUUAUUCUCAGCAGAGAAAUGCUAGGUCUUAAAUUAUACUGUUGCUUGUAAUGUUUUGUGGUGUAUUGUAGUGUGAUGAAAUAAAGGUUUUGGUUAAAAUGGUCUUAGUUUGAUUAUAAAUUUCUCUGUUUGUUAUUGAAAGUGAAAUUAACAUGGAAGAGGAUUAAAAGUUAAAUCAAACUAGCUUGAAAAAUUUUAUUCUGAAUUUCUUUUUAAACUACAACAAAAGUAAAAACAUACACUUGGUCUAAUUGUUGAACCAUCUCAUCAGUAACAUAAACAUAUUAUUAUUUUUAGUCAUCACAGGGCACAUUACUGCUGAUUCUGGGAUUUUUAAACCCUUAACCUUCAAAUAAAUGUGGGUUAAAUGCUCUGGUUAACCACUUCCAAAACUAUGAACUUGCUUAGUUUCAAAAGAAACUGAGACCACACGUAUCUAGAUAUUUUUGAAAAUGGAGAUUUUUUUCCCACUGUUUUAAAAAAAAUAUGCAUCCACAGGUAGCGUAUUCGAAUCGUUUUCGCUUAUCUAUACGAAAACGCUAAACAAUGGAAAAAAAAUAGCAUCCCUCACAGAGCAUGCAUUACACUAAUAGUAAAUGAUGUAUUACAUCAUUGUAUUCAAAAACCUCCAUUUUCAUCCAUCUACACGUAACUGAGUGGCCGGCAUUUUCAAAGGUCUUCACUCUGCAGAGCGUCUUUGUAAAGAUGCAUUUUUGGUGACCAUUUUCACUGAAGACUUGUGGGCAGUAAGCCAAACUGGAGAAAAAAAAUCUAUGUUUUCAAACAAAAAGGGAGUUGUGUGGAAGGGCCCUGAGUUGUUACAUGUAUGUGAGUGGGGGAGUGAACUACCAAAAUUUUGUUUUAUAUGAAAUUGAGUUGCGAAAAGUCAGUUUACCUUGGUGGACUGUAAAAGAGUUGAAAGUAGAUGUCUUGCGCACUAGCCUUUCAUUUCAGUGAAUAAAGAAAUAUCCCUAAAGGUGGUCAGUUUCUCUGCCAGGGACAUCAAAGAAGAUGCUAAAAAUGUCAAUUUGUAGCCUGAGGAACAGCCGAGAUUUUGCAUCUCUACCACUAGCAGUUUCCCCACAAAAUGUCUUCUGGAAAGACUGUAGAACAGGGCUGUCAUCAAGAGCCGGAUCCAGGGAUUUUCCCCGGCUGAUAUGAAUGUGGCCUCCGGCUACUUUCACUGGAAAAUAGAAAAAAAAAUAGAACAAAUAGAAUUCGCUGACUGUUUGAUUCCCUCCCUACUUGUUGUAUUUACCCGACAACUUGAAAUCUUAGUGACAACCCUGGUAGAAAUUCCAUUCCUCGGCAGUGUUCUCCUUAUCAAUGAUAAUUAGCAGUACUGUACAUGCUACUUAAUCAUCGAUUUUCCCUUUUUUUAUUUCAGGAUGGUAAUAUUAUCAGUAGUAUUGGGGAUAUAUCAUGGCUUCUACCAUGUUCAUCAUGUUAGGGAACAGGAUAAACAUGUUUGUGAGCAGACAUUAGACUAUUUUAUGGGUGGCUACCUAGUACUUCUUUUUGCGACAAAUGUCAUGGAACUAACAGUCGCUUGGAUGAGUGGAAAAGGUUCAAUCAUGGAUACAGAACCUCGGAAUCUCAUACCACAUCUUCUCUAUGUUCGUCUUGCUCUUUCCAUUAUUGAAUUAUUAUGGCUGUCCAUUGGAAUUAAAUGGAUAUUUUUUGAUGCUAUGACAUGUCAUGAAACAACAGAAAUUUACAUUGCUAGAGCAAUUGUGGUAUUCAAUUGGCUUUUUCUGUUUACUGUCAUUAUCAUCAUAUAUUGUUCCUUUGAUUCUGCCGGGAGAACUUGGGUUUAUUUCCGAGAUGCACAGCUGGGCGACAGCGUUGAUGCAUCACAAGGUUUCAGCAGGCACAUUACUCACAACUAUGAAAAGCGCUGGGAGGGAUGCUUCAAGAAAUUUUGUUGCUGUUCUGGCGUGGGGAGACAGGGAGAUGAAAAUGUAUUCACAUUCAUUGGAAGGUACAGUAUUGAUAUUUGGUUUAAAUCUACUAAUAAUUUUAACAGGUACAUGAGGGGGACAUGGGGGUUUACGGUAUUGCGGUAUUGGGCUUUUUUUCAUGCGGUAUUUCGGUAAUUUUAAUUUUAACGUGCGGUAUUGCGGUAUCAUCUAGCUCUGCGGUAUGCGGUUUUUCAUCAUUUUGGCUGACGGUAUUCGGUGAAAUAAGAUCGUUCACGGUAUUACGGUACCGUUUAUUUGCGCUUUCUUUUCGAUACAAUACGCAAAACAAAACACAGUAGGACAUAAAGGUCAAUAAAAGUUAAUGUUUAGAAGUCUUGAGACAUAACGGUAAAUGAUUAAACCAUUGUGGGUCAUUUUGUGACAGUUAAUGGUCGAUAAUACACAAUGUGAUUGCCUCAAGUUACCUUACCAGGCUUUUCGAUCUGUGUACGUGUGCCAGUCUGCUACUCAGCCGUUUUUAGUGUCGUCACGCAACGUUCCUCCCCACUGGGGAGACAGUCGAGAUAGUUGACCCCUGAGAUACUGACAUACUAGACUAUAGACUCAUCCAAACUCGUACGAGACGUGCGUGGAAAGGGUUUUGGUUGGUUUGUUUUUUGUUUUUUUUUUUUGCGCUUUCAAGAAUUAUUUUUAUUGGAGUUAGUUAGCUGUUGGGUCGACCUACCAAAAGGUUCUUUUCAGUGAAAAUUUGCCAAAAAUUUGCCAUCUACCAAAAUAUUAAAAAAACAUCGACAUCUGGUGCAUAAAUGCCUGAGAUAAUUAAACGCGCUAGAUGGAAGCACCCAUAAGUAUGCGCAACCGAUUAUGAAUGUGAUUAAAAUAUGCGGUAUCGGUAUUUAGACGAUUUUCGACGCGGUAUUUUGGUAUUUGCCAUUUUUUCUUAUGGUAUUGCAGUAUUGGGUACCCCCCAAUGUCCCCCUCGUACAUGUACGCCACUCCUCUGUAACUGCAAGUAAUACUGCAGAAGGCAGCUUUGUCAAGUGAUUAGAGUUCUGGAAUUGUAAUCUGAAGGCCCCUAGUUCAAUCCUUGCCAUUAUCGCCAGCUGGAUUUUUAUUUUGUUGUCAGUUGUCCUAAAUUCAACUACUCAGUCAUGCUUAUAUACAUUGUAAAUAGCCAGUAAUUGGCUAUUAUUUCUCUGGCCAGUUGAGAUUCCACAGUGUGGGCUACUAUGAAAGCUACGGGUUUACCAGUAAUUAUUGUAUUACCCAUAUAAAGUCAGUUUUCUUUAAAUAAACACUCUAAAUUAUAUAAAUGGUCCUCAUAGUGGAGCUUGCUCUGUGAGUGAUCCAGGCCUUUUGGCGAAGUUUAUAAAUAAAUAAUUAAUAAAUAAAUUACUGUUGGAUAGGGUUCAGCAGAAUAGGAUGUACUAUGUUUUGUCAUUGGCAAGCAGAGUUCUGAAUUAUCUUUAUUACUACAAAAAAAUGCUUGAAUCACAGAGCCUUACAAAGCAGAGGCUAAGGGCUAGAAGUAGGCAGAAAGGAAAAGAAGCCAAUGGGGAAAAGAAAAUAUAUGAGGAAAAAACAGCAAAUAAGCAAACAACAAUGAAAAAAAAAAUAAAGGAAAAAUAAAAGAGAAUUUCAUCAGGAAUCGAACCCCACAUGUCCUGUUCGGCACGAUACAACUUGUUUGCAAAGUAGGCCUGUUUUCUUACCUUGAUUUCCGCCGUUAUUUUGAAGUUAAUGGUCCAAAUCACAUCUAUUUUCUAUUAAAGGUACUUCUACCUUUGAAAUUUAUCGCUAAAAGCAUUUCUUGACUUCUUAAAUGGCUGCUAAAACAACCAGGCCAGGUUUAUGGCGGUUUUGUUUACCUGCUACCUUGUUGCUAGACAACUGCGUUCGCCCAAACCGAUAGAAAGAGAUAUAUAUUUAUGACCAAAGGAAGAUCACACUUCACUUGGCGAUCCUCGUGUGCAUUGUGUGCGUUGCGCACAUGAUUAAUUAAUAAACCUUCACCCCGCUUGGGCGUAAUGAUGAAUUAUACAUUGUAUUCACCUUCUGUGUUCUCAUUGGCUAAGAGCUUACAGUUAAUUUUGGAAAUCAUUGUAGGCUAUAGAUUAGCUAGUUAUCUGCUUGCAGGUAAUUGACUAAUCUGUAAGUUUGUAGGUUUGUAAUUUUUUGGGAAAAGCCAGAGCCUUGCACUUGCACAAUGCAGGAUGAAUCUGCGUAGUAAAUGGAGAAUUCUCCAAUUUCCAAUGCCUAAAUGAACAUCCUGCAUUGUGCAAGUGAAACAUACCAUAAGGGUAGAUUUUCACUUGCGGGAGAUUUUGUACAUAGUAACAAUAAUAAUGGAAACUUUAUUUGUGUUUUUAAAUGUACAAUUAUUGUAAAUCUCGCUACGUAUAGGCAAUUUACAAAUGCUGCUUGAGAUUGGAUUAUUUAUAAAAAAGAAAAAACAAAAAAAUAAAAUUGCAUUAAGUCUGGGUUAUCCCAGUUCCUAUUUCUACAACAAAAGAUAUAAUAUGUUGCUCUAAUGGCUAUAUUUAUCAUUUUCUUGAUUAUAUAACGUUGCUGCUUUUUGUCAAUCCCAAUGUCAUUCAUCAUGUCGAAGAACGUGGAGCAUUCAUCAGAGAAAACACCAAGGGAAUUCAUGGAGAGAUUUACAAAUCUCACACAUCUGUAAUUUCUGCUCAUUUCGUUGAUCAAGUUCAGAUAUUUUUCUUUCUUACACACUGCAUUGUUGUUAAGGUUAGACUCGAAACCAACUGUUAAUUCUAGAACAUAUAGGCACUUGGAGUGGAUUAGGAAAAGAAGAUCUGGACGAUAAUUAUCACCAGUUAUUGUUGAGGGAUUCAGAAAACCAUUAACAUCUGCAUAGAGUGAAGAGUGAACAUUAAUUACAGGUUGAAGUGACUUGGCAAUGAAGUUAAGGAUUAAUAAUAAUAAUAAUAAUAAUAAACUUUAUUUAUAUGGCGCUAUUUCCAUAUGCUCAAUAGCGCUUUAUAGAAUUCAUAAAAAGAAAAAAAAUAAUAAAUUAAAAACUAACAUUAAAUGAUGAUAAACAGAACACCUGAGGAAUAACAUAAGUUACGAUAAAAAUCCCAUUUAUAAAUUCUAAGCUGCAAUUAAAAACUAAAUCCCUAAAACUUCAAACGAUAACAUCUGAAAGAUGUAUGAUUUGAUAUUCUAUAAUAAUUACAUGCCUACGCAUAGAAAUUUAACCCAUGUAAAUAAAAUAGGGGCAGUGUAUAGAGGGUUGUGCAUAAAUAUAAAAGUUAUCAUGAAACUCAAGCAUCUUUUAUAUUUAUGCCAGCCUUUCAUACACUGUCUCUAUUUUAUUAAUGUAUGAAAUCCACCCUUACACAGGGACUACUGGCCAGCAUAAUUUUGAGUUUAACCUUGCCUAAGGUAUACCCAGCCCAAUCAAAAGAGAGUUACUCUGUACUUUCAAAUAUAGAGAUAAAAUAAUGAAUAGGAAGUUCACAAAACAUUUUUGUGUGGUUUAGGACGCUAGCAGAGUAUUUUCAAGAUAUGGAUGUUGUACCAUCUGACUUUGCUGCGGGACUUGUUUUACUAAGAAAAUAUCAAAAAUACCAGGAACAUGUUGCUCUGCUGAGGGCAAUAGAAGAACAGCAAGUGCCUGAUUCUCAGGUUAGUACAAUGUUGGCUAGGAACUGCUAUUUCUCCGUAUGUAACAACCUCUUAAACCAUGAUUUUCUGAAACGAAAGCCAAAAAUAGUUAUUAUGGACACCACUGACAAUCAAAUAUGUGUAUUUUAUUUUCUCCAGUUUAGUACAAUGUUAUAUCAAUUAAUAAAGAUUUUAUAAAGGAACCUGUUACUCGAGAAGAUAACAAAUAUUGUGCCCCUUGAUACCACAUUCGUUAUUAUGGUAAAGGGAAAAAAAUAGUAAAAUGAUUCUAUAACUUCAACGAAGAAGACACUCUGAUAGUGUGAAUCCUGCUCUUGACUUUUCUGCUAUUACACGCUAGCUGCAGCUUGCCCAGGUAAGCUGUAAACCUUACUGCCUUUGCACCCUGUCUUACUAAGUUAAAUGUUGUUAUUUUUACAGAAAGGUGUGAAGAAAUCAUCCUUAAGAUUUCAAAGAACUGAUAGUGCAAAGACUCUGAACCUUAAAGACAAGGUAAAAGUCUCGUAUCAUGUCUUAAAAUGUUGGAUUUUUGUGAUGCUUACUAUUGUAAGUGCUUGGUAUAAUGAUCUACAAAUCUGUGCACUGAAGCCAAUUUAAUAAUGGCCAAUAAAGUUGUUAAAGUAAGCUUUGGCUGGGGGUUGAAACACUUGUGGGAGACCUCUAGAUGAGGGAAAUAAGCUCACUUUAAGGUGGCUGAGCACAGUUUUGGCAGUUUGUGAGUAUAUGUCCAGGGGUUUCAAUAAGUUUUUGCAUAAGUGGGUACUUAAGAGUAACAGGCGGGUAUAUUUGCCGAAGGCCCCAAGGGCCUUCGACCCUAGGGGGGUCCGAGGGCAUGCUCCCCCGGAAAAUUUUGAAGUUCUAGACUAUCGCAGAUGCAUUUUCAGGUCUUUUUUUGUUGCUUUGUUUUUACAUUUUUUUGCUCCUAAGUCAACUAAUUUAAACAAAUUUGAAGAGAAUUAUGUUACAAUGAAGUAGUCAUAGUCAAAACCUAUUUUGCCAAAUUUUUGGGCAAGAAUUCGAAGCUGAGAUGAAAUUAUCUGGUCUUAGUUGACGUUCAUGUGAAGGCUCCAAGCAGGUAAUCAGCCCGUUGCAAGCGGGUAGAUCUACCCGCUACCCGGCUACUAUUGAAACCCCUGAUGUCACUUGCAAAUCAUGGCAAGGGGAAGGUUGCAGCUCACAAGCUGAAAAAACUUGGCAAGUGAAAAUAUACUGAUGAAGGAUUUUGAUUGACAGGUAAAAUUUGAUGUUUUUGUAGUUUCCAUGGCAACGUGAACAAUUGAAUACAACCUUAAAAUUUCGCUUUUACUUAGUUUACAUAAAAUUUGCUCAUUAGAUUUUCCUAUAAACUUGCACAUAGCUUACUAUAAUUAAUCAUUACCAUUUGAAACUUAUUUGACCAAAUUUUAACAGACAGGUUUUUAGAUAAUCAAUAAUAUAAUAAAUAUAUUGUACUGUGAUUAUUAAAUGUGUCACAAAAUUUGUCCGUUCAACUUCCAUUUUAAGGUUCUCAUUAUUUAAAAUACGAUAAAGGUAAAAAUUCUGCCAAAUAGCACAAAAUUUUAAUGAGUAGAUUUUGAGAUAUCUUCUGUCUACCAUUGCUUUUUCGGCAACAUGUUUGUUUGUCUAAUUUAAAACACGCGCCGUCACGCGAGUUACCGCUGACGGCCCACAAAACUGUGUUCAGCAACCGUAAUAAAUCAUCGCCACAUUACUUAAUGCUAAUCUUAAUAACAAAUACAACAAUUUAUGCUUUGGCACUCGUCACAGGGGUGACCUUGUUUUUAAUCAGCUUUUUUGCUUUGUUAUGUAAAACAUGUUGUUUUAAUGCUAACCAGUUCUUUGCUGUACAAGCCGUUAAUUGUUAUAAGUUGUAGUUUUUGAGGUCUUCACCAUCUUUCAAUACUUGCAAAAAUUAGAAUGAACUAAAAAUAAAAACUCAACGUAAGCAAUACUGUUUUAGAGUAGCUGUAAGCUACAUUUCUCCCUUAGCUCCCCAUAACAGCCAUCCCAUCUAAAAGGCUUCAACUCGACUGCAAAAUACAGCCUCCAAUUUUUUUUGUGCAAUUAGAUAUGCACAAAAUGAAGUAAGAAUGAAGUCGAUAAUUUCUACAAGAAAAGCUUGAAUUCUUUUGGAGGCAUAAGUGUUCUAAUUUAAGGGCACACAAUUUUCAAUGGUCUAUUUCUUUGACUGUUAUCAUUGUUUCUUAACUUUAGAGAGAGUUGCUUCUUUUCAAGGACAUAGUGUAUUACAUGAAUUAUGCAUUGUCUGCUUACGGCUGGCUUAUCUACAUGAAGAACAACGUUGGUUGUGGGUGUUGUAAGCUCUUGAGAAACGUCAGGUAAUGAAAAUACUAUGACUAGAAUCGAACUUUUGAGUUUGUGCUAAUGCGUCAGUUGUUUGAACUAUCUAUUAUAUAAGAGUACAUGUAUGUAGAAAAGUAGUGGUCCUGAGAGAGAGGAAAAAUUAAUAACAACAUUUGCUAAGCCUAGAAUUUACAAAUAUUUUGUCAGAAGGUCUGGCACUUUUGUAGAAAAUCUGAUAGAAGAAAGAUUGACAGACUCCAGGGAAGAGAGAGAGAGGGAGAAAGCAUGCAAAGAUCAGUCUGUUGUGAUAUAAAUAGUGCAUACGAUGAACUUCUUGUAAGGGCUAAAUUCCUUUGUCUCUUUUCUGUUCAGUGGAUUUUUAUCUAACUUACAUGUGCAUGAUGCAUUUUCUUGUCUCGUACAGAUGCUGUUAUCGGUGCCGCUCUCCAGACCGUAGAUCACACAAGUUUGUUGAUGUUGAAAGUGACAACUGUUGUCGUUGUAACUACUCAGCAAUGAAGAGGAUCGCUGGAAUUCACAACCGAGAUACCAUUUAUGUUAGUUACCACAACAAGGUACGUUACAUUUCAUAAGUGAUAUUCCUGAACAAGAGGGGUUCAUUUUGCUGUCUUGCUGUUAAUUUUGGAGCGCUGAUUUCAUCAAACUGCAGUAGCGCGCGUUGCGAGCGUUUCCGCGCGAGUUCGUCGCAAAAGUUGAAACAAGAGCAAAAAGAGGAAUGAAGGGGGAAGGGUGGGGCAAAAAAAUUAUUCUCCUCUCCCCCUUCUUCCUUUUUUAUUAACCUCGCUUAAACUUUCGUGCAGUAACUCGAACGGAAACGCUUGUUAUGCAGCCUGAUCAAUGUGGCAAUGUGGGCACCGGUAAUCGUCAAUGUCGAUGACUGAGUUUGAAAGGCCACUUUCUUAUUUUCACGUUUAACAAAAACUGGAGAAGGGUUUGGAAGGUGAUGUUGUACCCACAAACCAACCGUAACAAUCACACAGAAACAUGUGACACGUUUGUAAAGUAUUAGGUAAAACAGCCCUUUAAAGUUUCAGUGUCUCGCUGUUUUUGCUGAGAUAGAAUCGUAAUUGUCUCGAUGGUGUAGAUUGCAAAGUUGUACCGAGUUUUUUUCUUAUAAUCCUCGAAUAAAGGCCGCAUUCUUCUGAUCGGGUGCGGUGUUUAUUCGAGAGCGGCAUUUAUUGGUAAUUUUGCUUCCAUCUGUGGCGUUAUUUUUUUGUUUGUGUGUGUUGCAGUUAAUUUUUUAACUCAGUUUAUUUUUUGGUAUGGUAAUGUAUGCUAAUGAAUUUUAAACAAAGGAAAGACAAAAAUUAACUGCAACAAGUAUUUUUCUGUUAGUUAUUUCAGACGCCAUUCUUUGUUUGUGUGGAUCAUGAUAAAAAAGCAGUUGUGGUGACCAUCAGAGGAACGUUGUCCCUUCAGGUAAAAAAAUAGGGGUCAAUCAGUCUCUUCAACAUUUGUUCAUGCAGUCUAUCCGCAUGUACUGUAGUACUGAAAAACCUGCAGAUCCGAUGUAAUUCAUUUUUGUUGAAUGAAUUCAUGUUGCAGGACAUCCUAACUGAUUUUUCAGUGGAAGCGGAGGAGAUUCCACUGGAUGAUGGCAAUCCCAAUGAGUGGUUUGGACACAAGGUACAUGUACAAAAAUACAUGGUUUGGAACUCUAAUAAAUUACUUGAAUAACGAUUUAGAGCUAGCACAUCCACUUAGUGGUUCUUUAUUAACCUGAUUACCCGUCGAAUUGAAACUUUGAAAUGUUGGUUUUUGAAGAGAGGACAAAACUGGAGUAGCCCGGAGAAAAACCUCUCAGAGCAAAGAAGAGAACCAACAACAAACUCAACCCACAUUGUGGCAUCGACACCGGGAUUUGAACCCGGGGCACAUUGGUGGGAGGCGGGUGCUCUCACCACUGCGGCGCCAGCCUUGCAUGUUCCAUUUCUGUAGAGUAAGGGAAAGGUAGACACUAUUUGUGCGCAGUGCGGGAGCUUAAUUUGGGUUCUUAGCGUGAUAAGGCAUCUUAGUGCAUUUCUAUUCCGCCGCUCUUUCCCCUACAUCCACCCCCACCCCUUCCCCGUUUUUUUAAAGUUAAAUUCUUGUCCCAGCUGUUAAAAGUACUCGAGUACUAUCCACUGGAUAACUCACUGUCCGUUAAAUAAGGUGUGAAUUUACUGCGACCAUGUCCGUCGUUCUGGAAGAAACCAAGCCUGAGAGCAUGUUCUCCAUUGGCGGAAUAUCGUUUAAGUCACGCGCGAGCGGCGCUCGAAAGGAGACGCGCGAUCAUGGGACGGGAAAGGAAGAAGAGCUUCCUUAAAUAGCUUUCUUUACUCUGCCUCUCGCGGCUUUACCGCUCCCUCGCGCGAUCAUAGUGAGGUUGAUCUCAGGGUAGAAGAUUAUCCUUGAACGGUAUCACGGAGAGCUUAGCCGAAGGUGGAUUAACGAGUAUAGGAAACACAGAGAGAGCAAGAAAAAAUCCGUUGGAGUCAUGGAAUACUGGGUUGAAAAACAUCUCCCUUAAGCAGGCUCUGACUAUUAUCUUUUAUCAUUCCAGGGCAUGAUAAAGGCUGCUUUAUUUAUUAAGAAGAAGCUGGAUAGCGGAAUUCUUACUAAAGCAUUCCAUUCUGAUCCGGUCGGUAGUUUACUUUAUUAAAUUUGUCUAAAGUUUGCAACGUGAUUAUAUAGUUGCUGCUUGGUAGUGGAAAGGAGAAGGAGAAAUACUUACUGCGAGCGUCACGUCUUUGGUGUUUGCAUGUUUUUAUAGAGUCCGUUGUUAAAAUAUACUUGAUAUAAUCCGGUAACUUAUUUGACUUGUCAAGGUGGAUUUUCCACCUGUCGCAUGAUUUUUAUACGUGCGUACACACGUAAAUACCCUUGGUGUCAGAGACAAACCGCACGCGAGAAAAAACCUCUGGUAUCCCGGGCCCGAUUCCUGAAAGGCCGAUAAGCGUUAAUCCAGGAUUAAAAUUUUUGUUCCGUUUUUGUACUUUACCUUCCUGUGCAUUGCUUAGGGUAACAUUUUAUGUUAUCAUUACUGUAUCUCGUAGUAAAGGCUCAACAGUAUUUUGUGACCUGGCGUUGCAUGUUCUUGCUUGAAAUUUGGCUUAAUCCCGGGCUAAACUUAACCAUCUUUCGAACAAUCGGGCUCAGACUAGCGGGUAAAUUUUGCGCGCGUAAAUAAAAUAGAAGCAAUGAAUGAAGUGUCGCGCAUAAACAUAAAAAUUGAGCGAGGUUUAACUUUUACGUUUACGCUGGACCUUUCAUCCACUAUUUUACUUACGCGCGCAAAACUUACGCGACAGUGGAAAUCCAUCCUUACCUCAACAAUAGCCAACAUAACAGGCGCUUUAUAAGCCAAGCAAGGGGAACACGACAUUUUGCGCGAAGCGCGAGUGGAGCGCGAAUCGCAUGACUAGAGGAGGAGAAAACGCACUUCGCGCUCGUUUCGCGCUUCGCGCUCGUUUCGCGCUUCGGGCAAAAUCCCGCGUUUGUCUUGCUUGGCUCUUAAAGCGUCUGUUAUGCAGGCUAGCUCAGCAAUGUAUGGCUUGGGUCUAUAUAUUUGAUGGUUCGCUUAACUCGUUUGAUUAGUCCUUUUUAACGUAGUUUAGCCAUUUUUUUUGUUGUUGUACUUCUUAACAGGAUAGACAGACAGAAUCGUACCGUCUGAUUCUUGUUGGUCAUUCUCUUGGUGCUGGAACAGCAGCUAUCUUGGCCAUGCUUCUCCGUCCAUAUUACCCUGGUGUCUUUUGUUAUGCCUUCUCACCGCCUGGAGCUACUCUCAGGUACAGACCUUUCUAAUCAUUAUACGUUUCUGGGAAAACUGCCCACCUACCCCUCCCCAAAGCCAACAUUUUGCCCUAAGUGAGAAGUAAGUGUUAAUGUUGACUUGGGGAAGGGAUAGGUGGGUAGUUUCCCAGAAACGUAUGAUGAUCGACCUUUGUUGCCUUGUGUUGGUCGAGACUGGGCAUUGCGACCUUUAGAUCAGGGUUUUUAAGCAACGACGACGGCGACGUCAACGAGAACGGCAAAAAACGCAAAAGAUUGAAUAAGCAAAACACCAACUUUAGUCUGCACGUGCAUCACACUUUUUUAUACAUUUCUUUGCUGUUUUUGCACGACUACGACUAAUUUCGACUAAUUUUGUGGGGAAACGUAAGCAAGCAACGACGAAAUUUUGUUUCUGUUUCUGAACUUGGAUAUGUUCCCUUGGAAUUCAACUUCAGGAGAGUUCGCCAACUUUUGACAAAGUAAGUGAGUAAGAAUAAUUGCGAUAAAGACUGAAAGAACGCAAAUUCACUUUUUGAGCGACGUUCUCGUUGCUCUUGCGUCGUUGGACCCUAUGUCCCUAUUUUGGCGGGAAAACGCGCUAGCCGUCGUCAUUCCACUACGAGUCUUAGGGUCUUAAUGACGGAAUUAAGUUAUAAAAUGUUAGAAGUUUUAUCAUUUUGCGAUCGAGAGAGGGCUUAACUUCUUUCAGUAGAAAUAGCCGUUUUAAUCUUUCUGGUGAAAGGAAGUAAAAUAAAGCUUUCCGAAAUGUCUAUUUUUUGAGAAUUUUGAAAAAAAAAAGAAAUGAAGUCAAAUCUCGUUCCCGAAGUCGUCCCUGUCCUCGAAUCUAAAAAUCUCUAAUAUUCGUAGUCUGUACACCGUGUUUACUCUAAUUAGCCACCUUCCUUCUUAUAAGCCCAUAUACAUAUAAACUGCUAACAGCCCCUGUAAAGUUCAUGUAAAGAACUCAACUAUCGAUAUUAUCUGUGAUUGUAACCUCCAAAUUUCACUGUACAUUUGUUCUUGUUUUUAUCAAGGAUCAAAACUCACAUUUUUUUCCUUUUCCCCAGCCUUUCUGCAGCAAAAUAUGUCCGCGACUUUGUUUAUUCUAUUGUUGUUGGAAAAGACAUGAUUCCAAGGUAUUUUAAUCAUGACUUUUUUUCUGAUUCAUUUGUACAUCACUGUUGUGCCCCGCUAUCUCGAACUAAUUUUUGUCCUCCAAAAGAGUUCCAGACACUGUACCACCUACUUAUGACAUGAUUCCUGCGUUCGAACCAUUUAUAACGUUCUCUUCCUUAUGAAUUAUGCAAGUAACUUUAUUCUGUGCCUUCAGGUUAAGUCUCUACACUCUUGAAGACCUCCGCAACAAGAUUAUGGCGGUUAUAUCUUAUUCCAAUACUCCGAAGGUGAGUCAAUCGUGAAAUUUCACUAUUAAAGAUAUUCAAAAAGUCGGUGCCUUUGUAUUCAUUUUCACCAACUCUCUGGAGUUGAGGAUAUUUUUUCAUUAAGCCAACGAAAAAAAUUCUCCUGAGUCUUGUUUGAAAGGCCCAGUUGUGGUGACAUCAUGUAAAAAUACAAAUGAAGUAACGUUUCUUAAGUGUACGUGUCAUGCAGCCUCGUACCAGGCCAGUUCACACUAUGCGAGUGAGCAGAGCAGGCUUGGAACCGGAUCCGAUAGUGCGUGGUGUCCUCUGCUACACACCGCAGUCAAACGUCUGAACAUGACCCAAGCUAAGUCCUAGGCGGCUUGACAGGUGACGUCAUCCAACCCGCCGAGGACGACUGGGAACGUGGCUGUAUGUCAUUGUCUGUUAGAGCCAUUAACCGAACGUUUUUCAGCUUUCUUGUUGCAAAAUCUUACGGUACUUUCUCAGGCAGUCAAUCAAAAUAAAAACUGAACCAAUCGUGACAGCUGCGUGCUUACAUUAAUGUUAUUGAUUUGCUUGAAAAUCUCACUCAUAUUCGGAUUUGUGUUGCCAGCUGCAUUUGUCACUCACCCUUUAGUCGGCGACUAAAGGGUAAUUUUUUGUCGCUGCUGUCUCACUAAAUUAGACCUCUUUAUUCCAGUUGUGAUAUACUAGCUUUGUUUCUGUUACCGCAAUGUACGUUAUUCUUGAACACUUGUAAGUAAAUCAUCGUAGAAAAAAAUAACGGGUCUAGCCUGAGAAAACAACCGACAUUUCGCGAAGCCAUCAAUAGUUUCCCUGCAAAAUGACGUCUGAAAAACGAGUGCAGAAAUUCCAUACUGAUGACGCGUCACUACCCAGGUCUGGUAAGUUCUUUUUUUUUUUUUUUUUUUAUUUUUUUUUUUUUUUUUUUUUUUUUUUUUUUUUUUUUUUUUUAUUUACCGCCUGCGAAAUCUGUGCUUACUUCAAAAACCGUAAUCAGUAGCACCACUUAGGUCUGGUUAGUAACACGUUGUCAACAGAAAAGUAUAAGAGGAUUUAUAUAGAUUAAGUAUAAGUUUUUUCGUUUUAUUUAGAAGGAUAAGUAAAAAGAACGAGUUAAGGACCUUGUACUGAAAGGCCUUAACAUAGAAUUCAGAGCAUAUGAUGUGCGGUAAAAGAAAUGCUUUUUCUAGCUGAUCUUCCGUCAGAUUAAAAUCCCGUUUUAAAGCUGAGGUAUUUUUAGAAAGCUGUGCCUUUUUACUUAUGAGCAAUGAAUAAUAAUCUUUUGAUUUCUUCUUUAAAAUAUCAAAGUCGUUAUUCUUAAUUAUCACGGAGGGUGGCAUUGUUAAAAGGUGUGAUCAGAUGUUCUAGGAUUAGCUUUUAAGUGGGACGGUACAGCAUAUCUGAGACCAGCCCAUACUAAGAAAUUGGUUUUUUCAAUCUUUCUUAUAAUGAUACUAUGUGACUCUGCAAUACUUAAAUCAAAUCGAAGAUCGGAAACCAGAAGAAAACCAUUGUCGAAAAAUGUUUUGUAAAAAAUUGGCUUAUUAUUUAUCCUAAUGUCUUUAUUAUUCCAAAUAAUAUCAUACCGCAUUUUAUCUGUAGAAAAGUCGCUCAGACGUCAUUUCGUGGGGAAACCAGUGGUGGUGUCGCCGCGAAAUAUCGGCUGUUUCUCAGGCUAUAACGGGUCCUGUUUUUGGUUGUAGUGGAAGAUUCUGCGUGGCUGCGUAUGUCGUUGUGCUUUUGUCUGCUGUUACGGCUGCAAGUGUGUCGACUGUGACGCCGCUCAGGAACGUGACAACGAGAUGGCCUGGGAACAUUUUGAGUUACCUAGCAACAAGCAUUCCAAGACACCUACUUUUUAUCUCCCUGGAAAAGUCAUUCAUAUUGUCAAAACUGUCUCCAUACCAACGUAAGUCGCCUUCGUUAUCGGCGGGUCAGGGAAUUUGCUUAUUAGAGAGCUUUAUAUUCUAAGACGAAGACGACUACGAGAUCGAAAUUUUCUCCAUACUAAGUAGUGCACCCGCGUGAACCAGCAUCAUUUUUGCGGGAAAACGCGUUAGCCGUCCUCAUUCUACUACGGGUUUUUGCGAAAAACAAGUUAUCAAGUUUUAGAAGUUGUAUCAUUUCGGAAUCGGGAGAGGGCUCAACCUCCUUCAAUAAAAAUAACCGUGCUAAUUUUCAGGUGAAAAAAAAAGUAGAAUGAAGCUCUCCGGGGUGUAUAUUUUUUAAGAAUACGCGAAAAAACUAAUUUGAAUGAUAGCGUUAUCCGCCUUUUGAGCAACUGGGGUCUGAUAAUUUGCACCUGUAUGGCAAUUUUCUGCGAAUGUAUGUGAUAAACAUUUGCAAGAAAAUGAAUUCUAAUACAUCUCCAGCAGUGAAAAAACAACCAAACGAAAAGAUUUAUAAGCCUUUGGUUUCCCUUAUACUGCGCGUGCCUAAAGCGAGGCGAAAAAGCUUUUUGGACAGUUAGUCGUGAAAAUUAAGGGGUGCUUAUAUAUAACGUUGUAAUAGCCCACCAUGCAUUUCUCAACGGACAAUACCCAACUCGCUUUGACUCUGAAAGUGAAUACCACACAGGUUGUCGAGAAGUCCGUUUCUGUCAACAAGAGUCUUAUUCAGGACUACUCUCACCCGGAAGAUCAUAUUCCACCUACUGAAGAUAGUCAAUUCAUAUUUGCAGUCGAUGCGGUCGUAAACGCACCAUUUACGAACCCGUUUGGGCAGAUUUAGAGGACUUCCAGUCCAUUCAGAUCUCAAGCCUGAUGUGGGAGGACCAUAUGCCAGACUUUGUAUUGGACGCUCUCAAUCAGUGCCUUCCUAGUAAGGAACAGGAGGAGACAGUGCUUUAUGGACCUGCGCUGCCAAGCCCCAACACCCUAUUGGUCCCUGGUUCAGACGCCGUGGGAGCCAAUCAUGUACAUAAUCACAUUGGGUCCAGAUUACCGGGAUCUUCAGGUAAUGAAGGUUUUAUUUUUGUUUUUCGAGCACUUUACAGUUAGACAACCAUAAACGUUUUUUACUGUUGCUAAAAUUCACCACCACGCAUUUUCUUGCAUUGAUAUCAAGUUUGUCUCUUAAAUUGUACCUUUCGUUGGUGGUUUUCGAAAUCGUCGGAUCCGGAAAUUCUCGGAAAAUGUUAACGUUCGCCUGCCUUCGAACAGAGAAAAUCUUGUUUCGGAGCUUCGAAAAUCAUCAAAAACGCCGUCAUCAGCAUUUUAAAAGUUGAGAAUUAAGAACGAGCGCAGCGAGUGAGUAAAAUAUUGUUUUGCUAAAUUUAUCAGGUUAAAUACCUUCUGAGUUUUUAUGUGCUAAACAGAGACUUGUUUAGCUGAUUUUUUAAAAGUUGAGAAUUAAGAAUUCUAAAUUUAUCAGGUUAAAUACUCUGAGUUUUAAAAUUGCUUUGAGUUUAAAUGUAAAUUCAAAAGUAGUAUGUUGUAUGUAUGUAGUAUGUAGUAUAUUCCAACCGAAAGCCAGAGAUGAGGACUUCGUUCUGGUUGGUAUGAAUUAAAUACAAAGUCGCGUACUAUUCACUUUCCUCAUCAAUUCUAGGCUUUGGCCACACAUAUUGGCGUAUCUGUCAGAUUCAAAACUUAAAAGAAUGGUAUUGUUACGGUGAGCCAGUAAAUCGCUUACUAUUAUGCCACUGGCCAACCCAGCUGAGUUUGCUCUGUUGUAGGGUAAGCACCUCUAGUCUAGCCUCCUCAGUAGUGUUAGAAUUCUUGUUUAUGGAGUCGAAUCUGGCCCAACUUAAACCCAAGUUACCCUCCUGGAGGACAUAACAUUCACAUUCGCAUUUCAUUUGUUUCUUCAAAAGCGACUGAGCCUAAUACAACAAGAGAAGAACAAGUGGCCUUAGAGAGAGUACCCUCAGCUGACUCCUUAGCUUUAGGUAAGAGACCAUUGUGUAAUCUUGUAACAAUAACUAUUGUAAUACUUAGGGGCAAUCUCGUAUAACAAAUUUUCACGUCUCAGCGAUCGAGAGGUCGGGUUGGGUCGGGAUUGGGAAGAAAGGGAGAGUACAUCGCCUACUUCCUCUUUUGUGCCUUAAUCCUUUUUACUUCUCUGCCUGUAUUUCGUGGUUAAAACACUGAAGGCAAAACCGGUUCAUGUGGGAAACAUUACAUUACCUUAGGAAUUUUCCAUUCCUUCUAACCCGUUCCAGUCCACUUAAAAGCGGAUUGAGUAUGUACUUUCUCUUUUUAUCAUUGACCAUACUCGUGUUCUCGGCAGUGAACUGGAGCCUUACAGUCGAGGCCAGUGCGGGAGAUAUCAUUGAAAAUAUUUGCAUGUGAAGGGCUAUUCCACAUUAGCCUCGACUUCAAACUUCAACCCUGGUCAAAACUCUUGCGACACUAACGCAAUAGCUCGUCAAAAUGAGGUGUUUUCCCUCCCGCGGUGCAGUGUUGACGUUAUGCCGGCAUUCAAGUUGUUUCAACACAAUCAAUUUUGCUUGGGGGAGAGGGGUACAGUAGAAAUAGGCUCCUAUAACAACAUUCCCAAGCUUUUAAGAGGUAGAAAAUGAGUUUAUUUAGCAAAGUGCGUCUUCGUGCCUAAUUUCCUUAAGUGUCCCAAGAUGUUUUUACCAAGGUUGUAGUUCCAGAUCUUUACCGAGUUAACAAAAAUGGCUGUUUCGAAGACAGGAACGUGUAGUGGUAAAGGAUACUUAACUGACAGUGUUCAUAUACAGCAUCCUGUUGAAAUCUGCUGAGUUGAUUUGUAACCUAAAUCUUUGCUCAGUUUUGACUAAUUUCUGGACAUAUCACUGCUGUAGUUUGUUCAUAUUAGUUUGAUUCCUCUUUUAUUUGCUGUUGCACACGGCUCUAUUCAUCUUCCGAGCACUCCAAAGCACUGCUUAUUUUCACGCUUGUUGCUGUGCAUUUUUGAGACCUCUUUCUCAUUUUCAAACUUUUGUGUCAAGGGGCUAGGUAGACGUUAUUUAGCUGAAUUUAUUUUUCUUUUUUUUUUUACGCACUGUAACCCUCAGGCCCCAGUUAUUUAAAAGGUGGAUAACGCUAUGCACUGGAUAAAUCUCUGUCGAGUGGGUUUCCCUAAUAUUUGUUCGCUGGAUAGCGAUCUUUCCGGUGGAUAGCUCCAUCCAGCGUUUGAGCAACCUGGGCCGAGUCCAGUUUUGUCCAUCGAUGCCCCUAAAAUUCCGUUUGUUUUCUUCGCCAGACUUGGGGCGAUUAUUUUGUGAGCAGAUGGUUAGUGGCUAGUCCCUUGAACGACUGGCCUAAGGAAAAAGAGCAUAAAAAAUUUAGAGCGCAAAUUAAAACGGGAAGGAGGACACGCGCUUAAAGGGAGAAAGCUACCUCUUUUCUCACGUGUCGUCCUCCUUUCUCGCGCGCUUCGUUUAUCUCGCGCUGCAUGCGCCCGCCAGGCAGUUUAUUAAGGACGGCAGCGAAAAACUGACUCCUCAAAUAUAUUCGCGUUAUUUUUUUUCAAAUUUAGUGGCGUUUAUUCCAACGCGCUUUAAAUGCCCGCACUCAAGUUAAGAAAGAGAAGAAAAAAAGGCAAAAACUUGUUGUCGUAGGUUUGUCCUCAAUAAAACGUUGCCUAAGGAGAUUGCUCGUCGUUGUAGACGAGCAGGGACGGCAAAGGAAUGUACCAAAAAAUAUUCUCAUAGUUUAUUAAACCUUUUUCUUUUUUCACGUUCUUAUCGUCGUUGCUAAACCUCUCUCCAUCUCACAUCUCCUCUCCACCUCAAGUUUUCUCUUGUUUUAUGAGUAUUGUGUUGUUUGGUUUCGUUGUCAAUCUGUGUUUGUUAAUCCGUUUCGCUAUACAGGUUUUAAUUACUAAUCUUAACCUUUAAAACAAUUGAAAUUGGAAGUUGCAGUGACGCUAAAUGAGGUCUUAAAACCUUGAGUUUUUUUGACAUAAAAAUAAAUGCGUAAGUUUAACAGUGACUUAAACAUAUUUCAUUUUUCUCUGUCUUUACAACUCUGCCAGUUUCGUUUUUGUAAUUUGAUUUUUAAAGUUCAAGUGUCCCAAAAACGACUAAGGAUUCAAAUCAAGUGUUAUGUAAACUUCUUGUUACAUUUCGGAAGUGAUAAAUAAUUAAUUAAGUUUUUUAGGUGACUUAAAAGAAAUUAAGCCACGCAGUUUACUUAAGAACGAAAGUUAUGAAUUUGCACUCACAGCCCAAUAACGCCCUCUAACUUGCCUGACACAUAUCGUGCUAAACAUUUAACCGUUUGGUUACUAAUCAAGAGCUAACGCUUUAAAGACAAAAUAAACCCGGUCCCAAAAAGCUGCGAAUUCGCAUUAUCGGACCGAGCCAAGUUGAACAGGCCUUUAUCAGGUGGUCAGUCACGUGAUACAAAGACGCAUUGAAAGCGCUGCGACAAGAAUUCCUUUGUUUGUCUUGUCCCAGUGCUCUUCGUGCACCACAGCUCCGCGGUUUUGUAAUAGGUGACUCACCUCCCGCAAAGGACCCAUUGCCAGGAAAUUGUUUCCUCUUAUUGUCUCUCCACAAUGAAAAUCGUGUUGGCACCGCGUGUGAUCUACUAUCUAACGGUUCCUAUAGUUACUGAUUCGUCGCAUGACUAAACAGUCUAUUUUGUACCUUUUGUAAACUCUUCUUCGUUUCUUCUUUGACUAAACUUUAGAAGUUGGACUUGACGUUCCUGCUGAUAUGCAAAGCAUCGACGGCUUUGAAAUCAGCGUGACUACAGUUUGACAAGGUAAUGUACUGUAUUCUUGAAGCGGGGCCCAUUCUCUACGAUUCAUUGUUUACACACUCUUCUUAAUGAUUUAAACCGUUACAUUUCUUCCCUCGACGCAUUCGUUCGAGUGUCUUCUUGUUUCUUCCCUUCUCUACGCCAAAAUUGUUAUUAAUUAUCGCCUCCUUCAUCGCUAAAACAUCGGAGAAGGCGAGUCUAUGCUCGUCGAUAAUCGUGUUUUGAAAUAUUUUUUUUCCAUAAUUAACUAGUUUAAAAAACUCGAUCCUUGCGUCAAAUAUGACAGGUCAGUCGCCUUGCUAAAUUAACUCUUUGGUGCAAAAGUAUUCGUACAACAAUGACCUCUUUUUCUGUGCGAGGAAGUCAUCGUUUUACUGCUUUUAGUACUUUGGCACUGUUCUUCUCACUUCAAAAUGAGAGACCGUAGCUGUAUUGGCACUUAGAUGGUUUUGAACAGUUGGUUUGUUUUAAGCUACAUUCAUGCCACAACUUGACAACACAACGACUUUCACAGCAGUUGUCACUGUUGUUCUUCAAAAGUACUUUUAGGCGCUCUUUUCCACGCGAAAUCGAACAAAAGUGAGACCUGUAUUUCCCCGCAAAAGCAAAUAAACGUCUUCAGUUGAAGAUAAUUUUAUAACAGUGUUCUCGAACUUUUAAAAGACUGCUUUUAUAAAAGUGCUCGUUUUUCCUGUCAAUAAUGUAAUUGAAUCCAAAUUAAAACCUUAAACCUUUAUUUAAACCUAUAAGAUAAUUAAAAGAUAACAAAACUAAAAGAAAUUUCCAACGAAUUUCAACGUGUUGAGUUGCACUCAGUUCUUAUUAUAGUUUUUUUUUUUUAAAAAAAAACAGGUAGAACACCAACCCCGUGAUAAGAGUUUUGCGACGUUAAUUAACUUCUGUUUUUAUUUUGCGCUGUGUGCGUUUUUGUACUUUAUUUGAGAUUGAAAGGUUACCGUUUUUGUGUUUGCGUUUUCUGCUGUGUGUGUUUAGGUUUUCCUCUUUGUUUGUUCUUUGUUGUAAUUAGCUUCAGUGCGUAAUGAACUCUAAAAUUUUGUAAGAGUAUUGUACAAAUAUUAAUGUGUAUGUGAUCUUUCUUUCUCGUCUACUUUCACCCUGUACAUCGCAGCAAAUGGUCUUUUUUAUAAAAGACGACUUUAACACCGUCUGAUCUUUAACACAGAGCAGUUGAAAACUUGUGUUUGACCUCUUUACAGAAUUCCUCGUAUCUUGUUUCCUUGUCUUAAAUUCUCAAGGUUGCAUUUUGUUCUUGUUCUUAUCACAGAAGUGGGUCACCCAUUAUGGCGGGUAAGUGCUCUUGUAUCAGAAGCACGUAAAGCACCAAUAGCACGACCCGAAAGUGCCUUUGAUGAUUCCGACUUGGACGAAGGCGCGCCUUCCGCGCGCGUUUCGGCGAAUUGGAAAGACUUUACACUUCCCUCGUUUGAACAAAGCACCGACGACGUCAUUGUAGAAACGCAUCCGUGUCCACGUUCGAACACAGACCUUUCUGAUUCACCAUCUUCCUUGCAAUCUUUAAAAACGUUGGAUGAGAUUUGUAUUAAAUAUACCUCGGUUACUUCAGUAUCUCAUAGCUUUGACCGCACUCCACCCCGAACAAACCGAAGCCCACCUCCGAAGCCUCCCCGAACAUUCGAGACGGAAAAAUCCGAGGGUCGACAGAGCUUCCGAUACAAACCGCCGCCGAAACCUCCACGAACCUUCGAAUACGACUCGCAAAUUCAAGCGAACUUUUCUUCAUCUCUUUACUGGAAUUUUCCGCGUCCACGUGCUCGAAGAUACGAAACUCAAUUUUCUUCACCUGAUUUAGAGAGCAGUAAUGUAUCCACAGAACAUUUGAAUGGAACAGAAUCAGAAACACCACUCGCUCCGUACAGCUCUCAUAGGCCGAAAAUGCCUAAAUUCUACUCCUUGCCCAGAACAGGCCAAGAGGAAACUUACAUCGAAAACGGGUACACCCUGGACGAUGAUGACACAGUUGCCCUGUUCACCAAACAACCAUCGACUCAAAACGGUGUGGCUGUCAGAAGGUCAAAACCGCACUCGGAUGAGUCUUCGACACCCGAGUCGCGUUUUUCUGUAUCAGAUUCGGUUCUUAACAUUUCGCAGGAAGAGCUGUUUCUCCUGGGAUCAGUUAAACCGCGCGGCGGAAGGCGAAAGAGGAACGGGCUUUUAAAACAAGCAGCGUCCGAGACUCUUCACAGCACACACCCGAACUUGAAUGGUGUUAACCAGCCGCUAAAGAGUCCACACAAAGACCCUAAUUUUCUUGAGACAAUGUUAUGAUGAGCUUUGAAUUAAAAUCGAUUUUGUUGUAGUAAAGGAUUAAGAAAUGCAAACAAAACGGCGUCAGUGCUAUCGCGGAUCAAUGCCAACAUUUACGGCUUCAGUUUGUCUGAUGUGGUAAGGAUGUGAAAUACGAUCUCAACUAUUUUCGCACGAUAUUACUCUUCGGUUUUCAGCUGCAUGUUGUCAUACCAAGCCCUCUCCGGGUUUUGCAUCUAACAAGCGAGGAGUCACAGAAGCAGUUUACCUGGUAAUACGCCCCGUUUCUGCCACUUGGGGUUGAAUAGAUUGUUUCAAGUUUUUGUAUGUAUAAACAGUAUUAGUUAGGGAUGCAUGCGCGUAACACUCUAAGCCCCAAUGUCCACGUACAAAUUUUCCAGAUUGAACUCCAGACAUUUCCUUAACUAAGUCGCUGAGAGAAUUUGAUAAAAUAUCAAGGCAUUUUUUAUAUUGUGAUCAUUUUACUAAUUCUCAUAACCGUUUUCCUUGAUGAUCUGUGAACAGAUUUGAGGACGAGAAAGAGUACAAGUACGAGAUUUAACUUAAAGUUUUUGCGCGUGUUCUCAAAAAAAGACAACCGGGAAAGCUUCAUUUUACUUUUUUUUUUUUUUCACCAAAAAAGUUUGUACGGUUAUUUAUACUGAAGCAGGUUCAGCCCUUUCCCGAUCGCAAAAUAAUAAAACUUCUCACAUUUGAUAACUUGUUCCCGCCACUACGAAAUUCUCGCUGAAUCCUGUUGUAGAAUGACGACGGCUAUCACGUUUUCCCGCCAAUAUGGUUCACGCGCGUGCACGACUUAGUAUUUGAGGAAAUCUCGUACUCGUAAUCGUACUCGUCCUCGAAUCUAAAGCUCUCUGAUAUUCUUAAGAGAAAGUUGAUGUUGGUCACUGGGACUUAAAGGGUUAAAUAUACUGUAAUAUAUGCCGCUUACGAGAAAACGCCUCCGGUUUAUAUUAUAAACAAAUUAUAAACAGGAUUUAUAUGAACUUGGUGAGAAUGAAAAUGAAAAUGAUGUUAUUACGAUAUGAAAGCAAGAUGAAGUUUUCCAUCGCUUGCCUUUCAGUUUUCUAGUGCACCAAGACUAAAUGAUGCCUCAAAGAUUUUAAGACUAAACUAAAAGGUAAAACGUAAAAAUUUUCUUUCACAGAGAAAGCAAAAAGGACCAUGAAAGUCAAGGAGCGGUUGUUUAGUAACUGUGCGAGUGCUACAGCUAAAGGCCCGGUUAAUACUCUCAACAUUUUUGAGACAUUUGUUGAGGGCCGAAGUUACGAUUAUUUGAGAACCCCUCAGAACAUUGCUGGAACAUGAUGAAAAUUUUAACUUUGCUGCUACAUUUCUUUUUUUCUUGAAGUAUUUGAAGUUGUUUGAGCCGCUCUCACAACUUUUUUUGUACACGCACAAUCGCUCACAGUGUGAUGAUAAACAUGACCAUCUAUUUCUAUUUGUGGAGGGUGUGUUUUGAUUCCUUAGUCCGACGUGGUCUGAACAUUUCCCAACAUUCCCUCGACAAAUGUUGCGAAAUGACUGUUUUCCGUUGAAUAUCAUUACCAGCCCUGUUGUUAUGUGAUAUUCUUAGUAACGUGACAGUCCUUCAAGUAAGAAAUGGACUUUUUUAGGAGAAAAAACCAGAGUCGCCUACACGACGUGAACAUCGUAUUGUUUCCCUCCGUUUUUAUUACGGUCUUUUCUAGUGACAUUUUCAGUUUUUGCGUACAGAUAUACUGUUAGAGAAGUGACUUAUGUAACCUCUUUGGAAUCAGAUAAUAUUUCUCAAAAUUUAAACAAAAUCGUUAUGUGAACAUUCCAUGGCUAUAAAAGUAACCGCUCUGACACUCGUGUAUCAAACUGAUUUUAGAGUUUAAAGCUUAAAAAGUGGCCAUGUGCCGUUAUUUAAUAUAUUAAAUAUUAUUUAUUGCCACAAAAGUUUAGAACAUAUUUAAAGAGAACGUGGGAGGUAAUAUCUAACUUAGAAAAAGUAAUAUAUAACUAAAAGAAAGAUCCUUAGAUCAGUUGCUAAGGUAUAGUAUUAGAUAUUAUAAAGUCUUGUCUUUGAUUAUAUUUAACAAUUUCUUACUUGAUCGUAGUUCUCUCACUUUUAAUACCCGAGCCAUCAUUGCUCAACCCUUUUUAACAUGUAUACUCUGUAAAUAGUUUAACUCGUACUUGGAUACAAAACUUAUGAAAUGUAAGACUGAGAGCGAUCGGUCGCUUGUAUGUACAGUAGAUUAGACAAGUGUACUUUAUUAAAGUUUAAA